UCUAUCAUCAUCAUUCCAGGAUUUCAUUAAUGGCAAUUCCCACAGGCGGCCCAUUAGUCUCCGGCCAAGAAACCAUUUAAUGAAAGCAAAAGCAUUGGAGCAUUCCAUAUCCAUGCAACGGCAUAAGGCUCUGAGUCAGCAUAUAACUGAAUUGAGGGGGGAAAUAGAAGAAAUGAAAAAAGAACUUGGUUUGUCUCAAGAUUUGGAACCUGAAGAUAGGCUGUGCAUAAAGGACCCUAACCAGAUUGACCGCAUAUCAGAAUUCACUCAAACAGGGUACGGAAGAGAAAGGUUGAUGAAAGAAACUAAUACAAAAAAGGUUCUUCAUUGGAAUGAUGAUUAAUUAUCUACUUGUUAUGAUGGUGAUUUCGAUGAUAUGGAAUGGUGACAAUUCCAAAUUUUCAAACAUGGAAAAUGAUGGGUUUCUCGAGUGAAGGUGGGUUGUUGUAUUUUGCUAUUUGCAUUUUGAGAAGUUCCUGAAUGACAUCAGUCAUUUCCUGUAGUCGUCUAGGUACUAUCAACAUUGCUAUUGGAUCAGUUCUUCUGGUAGGCACAUAACUAUGAUUUUCAAAAGGAAUGAUAUCAAAUUUUCUGGAUCAGUUGAAGGCAUUUUUUGCUUUUAAAGCUGACGUAUUUCUUGUACGUUGCAAUUAAUAGCAUUAAAAGAAGUCUGCUCGGGUUCUCUAUAUCAUUAAUUUCUCCUACAUCUUGGAUUAUGAAGAGGCAGGCUUAAAGCAUUUAGAAUAGUUCUUCUGUUUGCACAUUUUAGAUCUGUAAAACUGCAGUCCUAUUUGUUCAAAGUUCUUGAAAGAUGUGAUUACAAAAUCCAUCACCUCAAUGAUUCAAUGCCAGUUGAAGUUCCACUGCUCUGGGAUAGUGUCUUUUAGGAUGUAUGGCUAAAUUGAGUAAUCUGAUUUGCUAUGUUUGUUUCCCUGAUGUUUAAUCGUUUUAUGUUUUUUUUCCCCUUCUUCAAUGGCAUGGUUGUAUAGGGAUGUGCCAGGAACUAGAUUGGAUCAAUGUGUAGAUCCUAACUCAUCUUUAGGUACGAAUAUACACAAUAUGUAUUAAUGUGUGCGUCAAAUGAUUAUCAGAUUGAAUUGGUUUGAAAUAUAAGUAAA